AUGAGCAACUUUGUUGUUCCGUCAACCAUACGACAAGAUAAGAAGCACAAUGUACAGCAAACUUUGUAUCGAGCUCUUCAUGGACACCGCCAAGAAGUAAAUUUUCCAUUUUUUUUUGUUAUUCUUCUUCAGAAAACGUUUUUGUUCAAAGAUGUCAUCCGUUUUGAUGUUGUUACCGAUCAUAUCCUGCCCUCCAUGUGUCAACAUGACCCAAAUGAAAACGCAAAUUGUCUGGUAUGCUCUUCAUGAAGAUUUGUAUUUGUUUUCGCAUUUAGGUCUGUAAGUUCGAACGAGAACUCUCCUUGCCAAAUACUCCAGAUAUGAUCUUCGGUUCGAACGUUCUUCGACUGUCUUGUCAAGGGGAUCUUCUGCUAGAAUUUAAUGCAUUAGACGCUUUGAAACGUGUGGACUCCAAAAAUUUGCCUGAAGUCAAGGUAUUUAUCAGGUUUUACUCGUAAUUAGGUGUUGUAAGCCUCUAAACAUAUAGUUUGUUAGGUAGGGACAAGUGAAGCUUGGCAGAAGGCUAGAGGGAAUCUCCCUCCGAUUCCUAAUGCAUAUGAUUGGACCUUUACUUCGGAUUACGAUGGAACAAUCCCCGAGAAUAUUCUUGUAGAAGAAACCGAUGAAACAAUUGAUUUGGAAAUGCUAAAGCGACCUGAUCCAAUUGAAUUCAUUGAGACCAUACCUUUGUAUGAAGAUGAAAUGGAUGACAAUGGUUCUACUGAAGUCGGUUUUAUUUUUUCUCAUCAUUCUGUCGCUACAGCGGCAAUGAGCGCACCGUCGCAAGAAACAGAGACAUCGCAGCGCAAAAUUUCAUCUUUGCCGCGGCGAUAUUUAUUUUCCUGCGACGGUGCACUCCUCGUCGCUACAGCGGCAAAAUGUUUCGCCUUUUGCCCUGCCGACUGAUAAUAUUCUUGGCCUUUCCAAUAUGUUUAUUGAAACAAGCGUGUUGCAGAUGACAGUCCGUGUCCGGGUGAUGCCAACCAAUUUUUUUAUUGUUUGCCGUCAAUAUGUUCGGGUAGAUCGAGUGCUUUUAAGGACGAUUGACACUCGAUUUUACAGUCAAAUUGGUUGGAAUUAUAUUAUUCGAGAACAGACAAAAAGGGAGGCUCUGCAAAAAGAUUGGACGCCUCAGCAAAAGGAGCAUGCUUUAGACCCUUCUCAGCUUUGGCAGUAUCUGCCAGUGGUCCAUAG